CAGAAAAACUUGAGCUCAAGUCCGGGUUCUGGCACCAGUGUGAAAACUUGGGCCAACUUAAAUUUAGGGUGAAGCCACACCUCCUUCCAGCCUGACACAGACGGGGGAGCUGAAGGGAAGCCUCUGAGACCCCGCGGCUGCCACCAUGAGCUCAGGAAACCUCGGGGACCGCUCAGAGAGUAAAAACUUUUUGGAGAAUGUCAUUGAAUAUUUCCAGGAGAAUGUGAGCAGGGAAGAACUGGAACACCUGCUCACAGAAGACAAAGCCUGGGAGAGUUUCGUGGCUAAGGCUGAUUUGUCCAGGGAAGACGCAGAUGCACUACGUGAACAUCUAAACAAGCUGAAAACAGACUUGGCUGUGGGGGACGAAGACACACCCCAACAGGACCAGCUGGACAGGAUACGGUUUUUAGAGGCGUUUCCUCGGGUGAAACGGGAGCUGGAGGAGCAGAUAGGAAAGCUCCAGGCACUUGCAGACAAUAUUGACAAGGUGCACAGGGACUGCACCAUCUCCAACGUGGCAGCCACCUCUGCUGGUGCUGUGUCUGGAGUCCUGACCAUCCUUGGCCUGGCUCUGGCACCCGUGACAGCGGGGAUCAGUCUGGCAGUCUCAGCCACUGGGUUAGGGCUGGGAGCAGCGGCUGCUGUGACCAGUGUGUCCACCAGCAUCGUGGAACGUGUAAGAAUAUCGUCAGCUGAAACCGAAGCCAGUCGCCUGAUGUCAAGUGGCGUCAACAAAGAGGAGGUAUUUGUGGGGCUUCUAAGUAAGAGCACACCCCAGGUUGUCUCCUCUACAAGGAAACUCAUCCAAGCCGUGGAAGACAUUGGGAAGAAUGUUCGUGGCGUCAAGGUGGUCAGCGCCAACCCUCGCUUAGCAGCCCAUGCCAAGCGCUUCACGACCACUGGGCACAUCUCUGUCCGAAGGGGCAAGCAGGUGCAGAAAGUUUUUGGAGGCACGGCUCUAGCAAUGACCAAAAAGGCCCGGAUCAUGGGUGCGGCCUCGGCAGGUGUCUUCCUUCUGAUGGACGUGGUCUCCCUGGUGAAAGAUGCAAUGCACUUGCAGGAGGGGGCGAAGACAGAGUCGGCUGAAAGGCUGAGGCAGCAGGCCCAGGAGCUGGAGAGGAAGCUGGAGGAGCUCACCCGGAUCUAUGAGAGUCUGCAGUAGGGCCCGACUCAGUCCCCCCAGAGCAGUGCAGGGACCAGGGACACACGCGGGGCCUAGGCACAAGGGUAGCUUGUUAGAGGGAAAAAGAGAGCGAAAUAAAAAGAUAAAAGUGGGGAAGCUGGGCUGGUCUCUCUGACAUUUGUUUUGGUCUGUUGCUUGAGCUACGCCAUUUUCCCAGAGGAAGAGAAAUCCUUAAACCCUCUUGUAUUCAAAACUUGUCAUUUUCUUCCCUAAAUUCUCCCUCUUGGCUCAAGAGGGAGAAUCACUGUUCAAAAAUUAUUUCAAAAAAACACAGAA